UGGCGGGCGCGGCGGAAGGGGCGGGGCGGCGCGGCGCGCGCGGGCAUGGCGGCGCGGCGCGGGGCGCUGAUCGCGCUGGAGGGCGUGGACCGCGCCGGGAAGAGCACGCAGGGCCGGCGGCUGGUGGAGGCCCUGCGGGACGCCGGGCACCGCGCAGACCUGCUCCGCUUCCCGGACAGAACCACCGAGAUUGGGCAGCUGAUCAGCUCCUACCUGGGGAGGGAGAAGAACCUGGAGGACCACACCAUUCACCUGCUCUUCUCUGCCAACCGCUGGGAACAUGUACCGAUGAUGAAGGAGAAGCUCCAUCAAGGGAUCACGGUCGUGGUUGACAGAUACGCCUUCUCUGGAGUGGCCUUCACAAGUGCCAAAGGGAACUUCUGCCUGGACUGGUGCAAGCAGCCUGAUGUUGGACUCCCAAAGCCAGACCUGAUCCUGUUCCUUCAGUUAAGCCCAGAGGAAGCAGCAGAACGAGGGAACUUUGGACACGAACGUUACGAGACCAGUUCCUUCCAAGAGAAAGUUCUUCAGUCCUUCUAUUACCUGAUGGAGGACAAGAGCCUAAACUGGAAGACAGUGAAUGCUUCAAAGAGCAUUGAAGACUUGCACAGAGAAAUCAAGUCCAUUGCAGAGGAAACUAUACAGGAGGUUCAGAAUAAACCUUUGGGAGAACUCUGGAAAUGAAACUUCAUGCAGGUCUAAAACUUCAUGCAGGUCUAAAAGAAUAAGGUAAAGGUCACUUCUUAGAUAUUCUGCACUUGGAUGACUGUGACAUCCCAACAGCUCCAGCUUAGGUCCUGUGUACUCUUUUGGGUCCAACAUGCUUCCUGAUGUCCUUGUGACUAUCUGCUCCUCCCUUCCAUCCUGGAUAGUCCCUUCUGCAUUUUUUAAAUAUGCCAUGAGCAUGUACCAAAUUCCUGUCAAAACCUCCCUCUUCCAAGCAGGAGCUCCUGUUACAGCUCCAGUCCUAGAGUGCAGAUGUGGGUGUGGAGCUCAAGGCCAUCCCUGGACACAGACAGUUCCCAUUUUUAGAGGAGUUGAUAAUAAAUUACUCUUUUGAA